AGCGAGCUCUGGGCAGCGCGCGCUGACGACAGCAGGUGAUUUUUUUCUGCAGAGCGCUUUCUCUCAGCGCCUUCCCUGGAUUUUUUCCCUCAGUCGCCGAGCAGUAGAUAAGGGUGGGGCCGCUUCCCUGCAGCAGAGACAGCAGCGGCAGUGGCUGCGGCAUCGUCGGGAGCAGCUGCUGCAGCAAUGCUCGGUCUCCGCUGGAGGUGAAUCACCUCCAAGAUCUGCUAGGUGGCCGGCUGAGACGGGACGCAUCGGGGAGGGAGAAUAGAGCCUCGUCCGUGGCCCCUGAGGCCACCCUGCUCGGUCCUUCCUCUACGCCAUGGCUUAAGCCCUCAGCCACCUCGUCUCGCGUCGCCUCUCUUGGCCGGGGUCUGCGCGCCGCCGCAGCAGCAGGGAGGGGCGCGACCCAGACGCCCUCGCCCGGGGACUCCGGGACGCCGGGUAGCUCACCCAUCGGUGCCCGCAGCAGACUGCGCUCCCAAGACCUUUACAGGCGGCUCCCGGAGGCGUUUGCUGCCGGUAAUCGGGGGGACUUUACGGACUUUAUCUCAGUGAUAGCUUGACCUUCCUGGGUGCUCUCUGAGGGAGGAGAGCGAGGUAGCUCAGGCCACCAAGGGAAAAAACAGUGGGAACCAGACUGGUCGAGGGCCGAGGGACUGAAGUAAGAUUAGAGACUUGCUUUAGAGCCACAAAAAGAAAGAGGGAAGGCCAGCUUUGCAGCUAGCAUCAUGGCGUGGCCGUGCAUCACGCGGGCCUGCUGCAUUGCCCGCUUCUGGAACCAGCUGGACAAGGCGGACAUCGCCGUGCCGCUGGUUUUCACCAAGUACUCGGAGGCCACCGAGGCCCCGAGCGCCCCGCCACAGCCGCCGCCGCCGCAGCAGCAGCAGGCGCAGCCGGCGCACGCGCCCCCCUCGGCUAGGGCGGUCGCCAUAGAGACGCAGCCGGCCCAGGGCGAGUUGGAUGCAGUUGCCCGGGCAACGGGGCCGGCACCCGGGCCUAGCGGGGAACGCGAGGCGGCGGCUGCGGCCGGCCGGAGCGGGCCCGGUGGUGUCCCGAGCUCCGGCUCCACCUCCAGCGCAGGCCCCGCGGACUCGGUGAUGCGUCAGGACUACCGCGCCUGGAAGGUGCAGCGGCCAGAGCCGAGCUGCCGGCCGCGCAGCGAGUACCAGCCUUCCGACGCGCCCUUCGAGCGCGAGACCCAGUACCAGAAGGACUUCCGCGCCUGGCCGCUGCCGCGCCGCGGGGACCACCCGUGGAUCCCCAAGCCCGUGCAGAUCCCCGCGUCCUCCCAGGCUUCGGUGCCGAUACUCGGGGCCUCCAAGCGCCGGCCGCAGAGCCAGGAGCGCUGGCCCUCGCAGGCCGCCGCGGAAGCCCCAGAGCAGGAGGCGACCCCUGGCGGAGCAGGUGGCCCCGCCGCCGGAAAGCCCUCGGGGGCGGACGAGCGCGACACGCGCAGGAAGCCUGGGCCCGCCUGGAUGCUGCGUCGCGCCGAGGGGCAGGCGCCGGAGCAGACGCCGCUGCCCGCCCCCCAGGCCCCGGUCCAGGCCGCGGGCUCGGAAGCUGGUAAAGGGCGGGCAGCGGCGGACGCCCUCAACAGGCAAAUCCGCGAGGAGGUGGCGAGCGCGGCGGGCAGCUCCUACAGAAACGAAUUCAGAGCAUGGACGGAUAUCAAGCCUGUGAAACCGAUAAAAGCCAGGCCCCAGUACAAGCCUCCAGAUGAUAAGAUGGCUCACGAGACCAGCUACAGUGCCCAGUUCAAAGGGGAAGCCAACAAGCCCACACCAGCGGACAAUAAGGUCAUUGAUCGCAGAAGAAUACGCAGCCUCUACAGCGAACCUUUCAAGGAACCCCCAAAGGUGGAGAAACCUAGCGUUCAGAGUUCCAAACCAAAAAAGACCUCAGCGAGCCAUAAGCCCCCGAGGAAGGCCAAAGACAAGCAGGUGGUGUCAGGCCGGGCCUCCAAGAAAAAGAGUGCAGAGGUCCCCACUGCCACCCAACCCGAAGACAAGGAGCAAAGUAAAGAGAUGAACAAUAAACUGGCUGAGGCUAAAGAGUAAAUUUCACUGCACUUUCCUUUUAUUCUUCUUUUCCUUUCUUUUUUUUUUUUUUUUUUAAACCAACCAACAAAAAAGGCCACAAAAUUGCUUAGAGGUUUCUCAUCUGCCUUGGUCCUGAGUGUUCCAGGAGCUCUUCGGUUUGGUUUCUUUUGAUGGAGGAAUGCCGUCUCCAAGCCCAAGCGGCAUGCCUCCUCUCCAAAUCGAGACCUUGCCAGGCUAAGCACGGCACAGGGGUCCAUGCCGCGGGGCCCCUGGAACACCAGGAACCCCGGGAAGCGUUGCUCCUUGGUUGUGCCUCCCACAGCAGGUGAGACUGCUCGCUGGCUGCUGAGGGAGGGAGGCAGGCCUUGGCACGCAGAGGCCAUUCCCAGCAACUGGAAGUCUCCCGGUACGCUCGGGAAUGCCCAUAGGGUGCCCUCCUCCUCUUCUCCUCCAAAGUCUGUGUCAGUGAUCCGCUCUGAACUGUAGGUAAAUGUGUCCUUUUCCAAAAUUCAGAAGGUUAUCAUGUGCUAGAGAAGCUCGCUUUGGGGCUUCAGCGGUAGAUGGCAUUUGUGGAAAUAUUUUAAAAGCAAAAAACCUCGGCCUUAAUGUCCAUAGGAUGAAUUGUGUCCGUUAAGUCAUUUUUUUCAUAGACUUUUCUGUUAGAAACGUGUGACUACGUUUAGUUUCCUAUCAGUGGGCUUGAAAUUGUAUGCCAAGUAAUAGAUAGGCCACUGAUGAUUAAAAGCAGGCCAGGGUAAGAAGGUUUGGUGUUUUAGGUACGUUCUAGACAUCAUGGAGAGAUCCGCCGGCGUGAGGAGAUUGUUCUCCUCUGUGUGCCCUCAGCCCAUCCAGUGCCAGCGGUUUGGCAGAGCAGCUGGCCACAGAUGACUGAGGAGGAAAGUUCAGGGGCCAGGGGUAGUGGACUUAGAAUGUGGCUUCCUCGCUUCUGAGAAACGCAAGGUGGGAAGUCGACGUCGUGGCAAGUGUGGCGGUGUUCACUCUCCCUUCCCGCGUGCUUGCUCUGUUCCUCAGGGAGGGCAGAGGACGCUGAGUUUCAGGUUAGUGGAAAUGUCUGUGACUUAGCUGAAGAUUAGGAGAGUUCCUUAAUAAGUGAUUAGCAAGCGUUUCUGACCUCACUGAUGAGUAAAAGCAGCUCUCUGUAUUGUGUUUCGCGUGUCUGUGUGGCCAACGCCCCCUGGGGGCGGCAAGUGGCACCUUAGUUGUGCUAGAGUUGUGUUGUAGGCAUUAGAGAGUUGUGCAAAGACCCCCAGUGCUCACAAGGGAACCCAAGAUACCUACCAGAAAAAUUACAUUUGCAAACCUUGUGGCGUGUACAUUGCUCAGUUUGCUUUGUUGCUCUGUCCUUGAAGCCCUUUCUGUUGCCGGCACCGUGACACGGCUGGGCUGUGGUCCGGUGCCACGCCCCUGCUGUGGAAGGACAGCAGCGGUGAACGGGGUCCCAGGCUCCUCACCGCGGCACUCCCUUUUGGUCCCUGUGGUGUGUAGGAAGCAGGGCCUCCCCCAGUCCUCUCCUGUUCUGACCAUUCAAGCAGCAAAGUCUCUGUUGACACCAUUUUGUUGGUCACCUGGGGCUGACAGAGAAGUCUUCUGCAAAUUCACUGAGCGUGUGCUUUGUGGGCAACAUCUGUUAAGAGCCUAGAAAUAAGGCUCUUGCCAGGCUCACUGUCAUCUUCCUUUCUAUCUCAGGGCAUGCUGCUGAGAAGAAGCUUGGAAGAAGGUAGAAAAUAUGAGUGAGUUUCAGUGUUCGAGCAUCCCAGUUUGGGAUGCCUGUCUGGAAAUGACCAGGAUAGCUCCCAGUACUGAUUGUAGCUAUUCGAUGGCUAAUCUUAAUGUUAACCAGAGAGUUCUAUCAACAUGAGCUUAACUUUACCCAGACAAUUACCAAUGGACGUUUGUUGUCUUGAAGCCCGGCAUCGGUCAGGUGUGUUGAUGUUAACCGCAGUUUGGAUUUCUCCGUAGAACAAUCAUGUAUGUUCUGCAGAUCAAGUAAAUCAAAGUGCACGAUCCACAGGGGAACAUUCGUUCCACAUUCAUGUCCUGAAUGCCUGUGUGCCAGACACCGUGCGAGAUGUGCAGGGCACUUUACAUAUACCUGUGUCCCCAACAGCACAACCAGAAGGAUCCAUACGACUUGAUCUCUGUGUCUGAUUCAAGUUUGUUCACCCAAACUAUGGUUUCCCACCCACCUUGCAGCUCCAGGGACUGAAUUUCCAACUCUGCCCCGCCUGCAGCUUGAGACAUGAUCCUGUAUAAUGUCUUUUCAACCCUUCAGCCGCCCCAUCUUUUUAACUCCUGCAACUGGGAAAAUUCUUACUUGUAGUUCACUUUGACUCUUGAAUGUGUCAUUUCAUGGCAAGAAACCUCCUUUGAUUUCGACUGUUUACAAAUAAAACUCAGCCAGUCUCAUUCUGCAUCUCAAACAUGCUGAUUGAAACUGAUCAUGGUUUCACAAACAGUGUUUCCGUUUUGCCUUUCUGAAGAUGACCAAGCUUCCAAUGCCUGGCUGUCCAUUUUUUUUAUAUCUUCCUACGGAUCCCUGAGUUCCCCUGGCAAGAGAGCAAGGCCUGAAGCUUUCCUAGUGUCUGCUUUGCUUGCCUGCAAAAAUAACCCCUAAGGCUGUGCGUUGGCUCCCCCAGUUUUUUGUUACUUGCUGGUGCUUCGAACCGGUCCGUUCUCUCUUUGCCUCUCCAAGGCAGACAGGAAGUGUCUAAUUACGAUUUUGUGGCCUGGGUUUUGUUGCAUACCACAGAUUGUCUAUGUAAUGUGUAGCGCACGCCUCUCUUGGUGCUAUUCCUAACUAUUCCUGCUGUUAGUAAGAAAAUGACAAAAAUAUUCAUGUAUAGCCAAUUGAUUGUGACGUGCUUGUGGUCUGUGCUUGUUCGGAAACAAACAAACAAACAGUUUUUUUUCCAAGUAUAAAUAAAUGCUAAAGACGAACA